AUGAAUAAAACCUGGACUGAAGCCCAGAGAUACUGCAGAGAGAAAUACACAGAUCUGGCCACAGUCAACAACAUCAACGACCUGAAUCAACUGAUCAUGAGUGUAAAUAACAGUAAGAUUUCAAUUGUCUGGAUUGGACUGCAUAGAUCAAGUGUUUAUAAAUGGAAGUGGUCUCUGGGUGAUCCUGUGAAUUAUACAAACUGGUCUAAUGGAGACUCAAAUGGUCGCGAUCAGUGUGUUUAUAUGAGAGAUGGAUCAUGGCAUCAUCAGGACUGUAAUGUGAACAUGAAGAGAUUCAUCUGCUACAAUGAGAGCAGUAAAGGAUUCAUCAUUGAUGGUUCUUCAGUAUCAUGGAGAGACGCUCAGAUCUUCUGCAGACAGCAUCAUACUGAUCUGACCAGUGUGAGGAAUCAGACUGAGAAUCAACAGAUUCAGAAGAUCAUGAAUGACACAAACAUAUCUGAAGUCUGGAUUGGUCUGUUCAGUGACUCAUGGGAGUGGUCAGAUAAAAGGGAAUCUGGAUUCAGAAACUGGUGGUCUGGUCAACCUGAUAAUUAUGGUGGUUCUGAAGAUUGUACAGCAGUCAGUGUGGCACAACAGGGUCAUUGGAAUGAUGUGGUUUGCAGUCAUGCUCUGACCUUUGUGUGUCAUGAAGGUGUAAAGACACAAGUUACCUGUGAAAAAAACACUGCUAGUCUCAGCUGUGAUGAGGGAAACAUUAAAGUUAUUUCAGCCAAUUAUGGGCGUACAGACAACACAACCUGCUCCAAUGGAAAACCAUCUAAUGACAUCUCAAAUGUUCACUGCAGUCUGAACUCAACCUUAAGUGUGCUGACCAAUCAAUGUGAUGGAGAGCUGAGCUGUUCUAUUUAUGUGAAUAAUCCAGCUUUCAUUGUUGACCCCUGUUCUGGAACUUACAAAUACCUGAAUGUGUCUUAUGAGUGUAUCAUACCAUCAUCACCACCGCCACCACCAUCAUCAUCACCAUCACAAUCAUCACCACCACGAUCACUACCACCACCAUCACCACCACCAUCAUCAUCACCACCACCAUCAUCACUACCACCAAAUAAUCUGAUAUUGAUCCAGAUGAAUCUGAGCUGGUCUGAAGCUCUGAGAUACUGCAGAGAGAAUCAUGUGGAUCUGGUUUCAGUUGAUUCAGAGGAGAGUCAGUUCAUGGUGACUAAAGUGAUUCAUCAGUCCUCUACUGACGCCGUGUGGAUGGGGUUACACUAUUACUGCCAAAUGAACCUCUGGAUCUGGAUACGAGGAGAGGCCGUGUGCUAUCAGAAUUGGGCUCCAUGGAACGGAGCAGGACUUAUGGACUGCAACACUGAACACAGAGCUGGAGCAGUUCAGUCUGGAGGAGAUCAUCUCUGGAUCAGCCUUCCUCAAUCUCAACAACUCAACUUCAUCUGCAUCAAAAAAUAAUAAAAUAAUUUGUGUCUAUCACUUCUUCAUUGAUUGUUAAGUAAAGG